UACGUCCAGGCACCAUGGCUUCGGUAGGAACCGAGCCCGCUGGUCUUGCCAAGGGCAGCAUUCACAAAGGUGCGUCUACAAUAAAAGAAGGACUUGAAGCAACAGGAAAUGGAGAAUCAGAUGAUGAGGCAACAGCAAGGCACGCAUCUUCACCAGUUGUGGUGACGAUGUUGAACGGCAGUGAAUCUGUUGACACAAGAAGCAGGAGCCCAAUCCUUGGCUCCAACACGGACAACACCAAGACUUUGCUUUUGGUUAAUGAAAAUGGAACUUCAGAAAUAGACACCCCACACGGUUCGGUAACUGGGAGCAAUGGAUUUAUUCUCAUCAAGCCCCAGCAGGAAGGCGGCGUGUCAACCACGCCAUCUUUGGCAGUGUCCCCUCACAGGACUAACUGGAUGCCUUCCGGCUCCCCUACUGGGAAAGACAAAGCCAAACCCCACUUAAAGGCAUUACCCGCUGAUACACAGGAUGGCUCACGGACUGACCCUGAAACUGGGAUUCUAUCAGAAGGAUUUCCAGAUUCUAAAAAUGGGCCAUCCCCGUCUCUUGCUCCGAUACCGGCCACAGUGCACAGAGCCCGAAAGACUAUGUCUCGGCCCGCUGUCAGUCCAGCACAGAAGCUCCUGAAGAAAGAAUUAAGGGAGGCCCAGAAUGUUAAAACAGACUGCUCUGGUCCACCUGACACGCAGCAAUCCUCGCAGGAGUCUUUCGAUGGAAACCACCUACCUCAGAAUCCUCCAGAUACACCAGCGUUAGCACAAACAAACGCACCAAUCUCACCAGAGACGGUACCUUCUGCUUCAGCUGCUCCAGUUGCCGCCUCACCAAAGCUGCAACAAGGUUCCUUUCCUGCUGGAUGGUCCCGUAAGAAAAAAAGGAAAAUGGGCACAUACAGUCUGGUUCCCAAGAAGAAAUCCAAAGUCCUGAGACAAAGAACCGUGUUGGAGAUGUUCAAGGAUCUACAGCAGACGUCUAAAAGCCCAGAGAAGAAAGAGGAAUCCAACAUAAAUGGAGAGAGACUGGAACAUGCCUUUGAGGAUGAGGAAUCAGAAGAGGAAGAUUCUGAAGAGGAUCAGCAACAUCAUUCUGCUGAGGAGGAAGCGGCCACUGUCCAAGAAGAAACGUCCGAGAUGGGAGAGGAUCAGUAUUCAGAAGAAUCUGGGGAAGAAGGGGAAGAGGAGGGCACAGAGUCUGAUCUGAGCACAGAGUCUAGUCUGAAGAAGAAGUUGAAAAAGAAGUUAAAAACAGACGGUGCCUGGCUCAAGCCAUCUAGGAAGAAGAAGAGGAGGCUAAAGGACAAAGAAGGAGAGUUGUUGGUUGAGCCCCAGGCUACAGCAGCUCCAUCAGAAGAUAGGAAGGAAUUCACUCAGAUCCUCACUCCAGUGUCUGACAAAGUCAGUGAACCCAGCAUUCCUGAUGUCCCCACACAGGACCAAGGUUCAACCAUGGAGGAGGCUCAAGAGCUCCCGCUGUGCAGCUGUCGUAUGGAGACACCGAAAAGUCGAGAGAUUCUUAUCUUGGCUGACAGGAAGUGCAUGGCCACAGAAAGCGUUGACGGACAUCUUACGCGUUGCCAAGGUGCGGUCUUGAAACAGGAAAUGAUGCGGCCGUCAAACUCUGUUCAGCUGCUGGUGCUGUGUGAAGACCAUCGUAACGGCAUGGUGAAACACCAGUGUUGUCCAGGCUGUGGCUUCUUCUGCAGGGCGGGGACCUUCAUGGAGUGUCAACCAGACAUCAGCAUCUCCCAUCGGUUUCACCUUGCUUGUGCUUCAGUGCUAAAAGGACAGACCUUUUGCCCCCAUUGUGGGGAAGAGGCCAGCAAAUCCAAGGAGGUGACUAUUGCCAAGGCAGACACCACUUCCACUGUCCCCCCUCCACUUCCACAUGCUCCUGCGUUGUCAGUGGCACCGGAAGGACGAGCAGACACCACCACCGACAGCUCAUCUAGGACACAGCUGGUGAGUGUGUCCAGUGACAAGGCUGACAGCUCACUGUCCAGACAGUCGUCUCAAGAGCCGGACCACGCAGCUGGCCCUGGGGACUCCAGGAGUGCAACUCUGCUGGCCAGUGUUGGAUCAACCCCGGUCCCCCCAGGGCCACCGAAAGAGACUCUAGAAAGUGUCUUGGUAGCUCUUGACACGGAGAAACCUAAGAAGCUUCGUUUCCAUCCAAAGCAACUGUACCUUUCAGCCAAGCAGGGAGAACUUAAAAAGGUUCUACUAAUGCUUGUGGAUGGUAUUGACCCCAACUUUAAGAUGGAAGCGCAGAGCAAGCGCACUCCUCUCCAUGCAGCCGCCGAAGGAGGUUAUAAAGACAUCUGCCACAUGCUUGUGCAAGCUGGUGCUAACCUGGACAUGUGUGACGAAGAUCAGCGAACGCCGCUGAUGGACGCGUGUGAAAACAACCACAUGCAGACUGUCACGUACCUGCUGCGAGCUGGAGCCAGCGUCAAACACAAGGAUAUUGAGGGGUUCACUUGUCUCCACCUGGCGGCUAAAUCUGGUCAUUACAGCAUUGUUGAAUAUCUUCUAUCAACUAAACUGAUCGAUAUAGAUUGUCAGGAUGAUGGUGGAUGGACAGCCUUGAUCUGGGCGACUGAAUACAAACAUGUGGACCAAGUGAAACUACUUCUGUCGAAGGGAGCUGACAUCAGCAUCAGAGACAAGGAGCAAAACAUAUGCCUUCACUGGGCAGCGUUCUCGGGCAGCCUGGAGAUUGCCAAGCUUCUUCUGAACGCUCACUGUGACAUCCAUGUCGUGAACAUCCACGGAGACUCGCCACUGCACAUCGCUGCAAGGGAGAAUCGUCUAGAAUGUGUCACGCUCUUCUUGUCUCAUGGAGCGAACGUCUUCGCAAAGAAUCGUGAAGGAGAAUCCCCGAUCGACUGCAGCAGCCACAGUUCUAAAGUCUGGUCCGCCUUGCAGGCCAACAGAAGAGAGAGGAACGCCAGGAGUUCCAAGAGAGAGCAGAAAACCCUCCACAGCGACAUUUCUCUGGGGCAAGAACGAGUUCCCAUUCCCUGUGUGAACUCUGUCGAUGGUGAAGCCUGCCCCGACGAUUACAAGUACAUCCCAGAGAACUGUGUAACAUCACCCAUGAACAUCGACAGGAACAUCACGCACUUGCAGUACUGCGUGUGUAAAGAGGACUGCUCCACAAGUACCUGCAUGUGUGGACAGCUGAGUCUGCGCUGCUGGUAUGACAAGAGCGGGUGUCUCUUACCUGAAUUCCACCGUGAAGAGCCUCCGCUAAUAUUUGAAUGUAACCACGCAUGCUCUUGUUGGAGGACCUGCAAGAACCGGGUGGUUCAAAACGGACUCAGGACCCGGCUCCAGCUCUUCAGGACCGCCAAGAAAGGCUGGGGCGUCCGGACGCUUCAAGACAUACCGAAGGGAACAUUUGUUUGCGAAUACGUCGGCGAGAUCAUCUCUGAAGCAGAAGCAGAUAUGAGACAAAAUGACGCUUAUCUCUUCAGCCUGGACGACAAGCCACAAGAUAUGUACUGCAUAGACGCACGUUUCUAUGGAAACAUCAGCAGGUUCCUCAACCACAUGUGCGAGCCCAACCUGUUUGCCUGUCGGGUCUUCACUACACACCAGGACCUCCGUUUCCCACACAUUGGCUUCUUUGCCAGCGAAAGUAUCAAGGCAGGAGAAGAGUUAGGGUUUAACUAUGGAGACCAUUUCUGGGAGGUCAAAAGUAAGACGUUCUGCUGCGAGUGUGGUUCUUCUCGGUGCAAGUAUUCGUCCGCGGCCAAGGAGUCGCUGCAGGCGGACAGCACGCCCGAGGAACAGCCGGUGCAAGAACAGGCCGGUCCUGACACCAGCUCGUCCAGCAACCCUCUCUAACCUUUGACUCUGCACGUCAUCCCUCACACUCUUCUGGCCAAACGCCGACUAUUUUGACAACACUUUUAGGUUCACACAGCAACAACAUCAAGAGGAUGCACAAUCCAACGUCACAGGAACUUUACUGCCCCCAUGUCUCUCUGUUUUCCGCGUCACUUUGACGAUGUGUUGCCUCUUCAAAUCUAGUUCUGGAACUAUAAACUACGGGAUUUCGCUGAGGGGGAACUUUCAUAUUUUGACUGGCACCCUCAGACAUGGUGCUGCUUGAACUUUUUUUUUUUUUAACGAAACAUUCCACAAACUCCGAUCAAAGCAUUUGCUUUCACUUCAUGUGAUUUUUUUUUUUAUUAUUAUCCCUGCAGGAUGUUGAAUGUUUGAGAAGAAGAAGCGUAAUUACUUGAGUAUAGUUUUCUCCACACUGACUUGUUUUUAGUUUUGUUUCAUGUGCAACGUCACACACGGUUGUGACUCAAAAUGUUCAUAACGGUUUUUACUUUUUUUAUCAAUCCACAUGGAGUAGUUUGUAUUAUAAGAGAACAUAAAAGUCUUUAGUUUAAUCUCCACUUUUGUAAAUGUGCUGUAGUCGGUUUGUUGAUUUAGUUUGACGCUGUUGCCAACAGAAGCCACCUGUCUUUUUAAACGUCUGUGACAAAGUCUGUGCAAAAAGGUAAAUAAUGGAUGGGCAGGAUGACAAACUUCCUGUUGUAUGUUUUGCUGCGUAUUCAAGCGUAAAUGAUGCAUCUGAUUGGUUGUAUCUUUUUCAAUAA